UUUUAGUAAUAAAAUGAUUCCUGACAUCCAACUUCUUAACAAAGGAAGUCUAACAGAAUAUUUCACCGGUCUAGAGGAUAUCAUAAAUGAAGAUAUCGCUAUCCCUCCUGGGGAAGAAGGCAAAACUUUUCAAACUGAGAAGCUCCAUGAUUUAAAGAUUGAGGCUGAAUUCUUGUUAUCAAGAGGAAUGCAGAAAAUUGGUUGUGGUCAGGAAGCACUCUAUGGAUACAUGAAUCUAAUAGAUAAAUUGAAGAAAAAGAAACAUCUUACACCUACUGAAUUAUUUUUUUGAUCACAAUCUUAUUACAGAAUCAGCCAACUCCACUUAGAGCUAAAGUUCAUUGAUAAAGCAAAGAGCUACAUGGAGAUGUAUGAGAAGUUUCAAGAAGAAUAUCUCUUCGAGCUCGGGAGAUGAGAUAAAACAUCUGAAAUAACUCUAAAAAUAGAUUAUCUUAAAUAACCAGAUCCUUAAGAGAAAAGCAUGGCUCUUGCACAUUUCAUGAGAUGACGAUAAAGCUCUUUCAACUCUUACAGAAGUCUACUCAAGUGAGAGAAAAAUACGUAGUACCAUAUCCGAACUUGACAUCUCAACUUCGUUGCCACCUUACCAUAGAUUAGAAAUGAGAAUUGCAAGAACAUUGCUAAUGAUCUCAUCAAUAUACAAAAGCAGGUUUGAAGUAAAGAAGGCAAUUUAUUUUGAGUCUCAAGCUCACAAGUCAUUCUUCAAAGGAUACAGAGAAGAGGAGGAAAAGGAAACAGUCUUCACUGCUGAUUUCCUAAUGCACACUACCAGCUACUGACCCUACAAUCAUUAUGAGAGAGCUAAUUCAAUCUAUGAGAAAAUAUUUGGCUCCAAGAGCCCAAAAUUUCUAAAUUCCUUCAGGAGAAUUGCUGACACAAAGAUUUCAAAAUACGAAUACCAUGAUAAUAUAAGUCUGUACAAAGUAGAUACAAGAUAUUUCAACGAGAUUCCUGAAAAUACGCUUUCCUCAGAGGCUAAAAAUAGUGCAAACUUUGAAGAAGCAGGAACCUUUUAUAAAUACAUUGAGGGUCAGCUUGAGGAGAGCUACUUUAACGUGGGAUACUAUGAAAAACUCUAUGCCACUCACACACAGAUUCUCAUUAGACAAGCUUAUAUCCAGAUUUACCUUCUCAGAAAUGGGAAAAAGGCAAGACCAAAAAUACUGAAGUUAUCAAAACUGAUUUUAAAGAACUAUAUUGACCUUUACAAUUCAAAGUCGAUAUUCUGCCUCAACCCAUACCUCGGAGUGGUAUGAGCAUCAAUGCGGAACCAAGACUUGAAAAAGGCAGAAAGAUACUCUGUUAAAAUGAUUGAGAUUUGUGAGAAAUAUAUCAAAGGUAUGGGCAACCAAUAUAGCUUAAUCUCCAACAUCCACAUCAGUGUGAUGUAUUUCAUGAUGAAGCAGUAUCCCAGGUCCAAUGCCUUAUUCAAGGAGAUCUUGCAUCAAGAGCUUGAAUAUGUUAACAACAUUAAAUCUCAUCCUUACUUAGAACAAAUAUAUCUCCAUCUAGCUUUGAUGUAUGAAAAGUUGAGAGAAUAUAACUCAGGCUUGCUGAUGUGGAAGAGUUUACUUAAAGUUCACAAACAAAGCUACGAUAGAAACUGUACUUACGUCAGCAAGGACUACCUUUACAUUGGCCAGUUGUACAUAGACCUUGAAGACCUCAGUAAGGCUCUCUAUAACCUUGAGAUGAGCAAAGAAUGUAUUGAAAACUUCCUUAAAACUCUCAAUGAAGUUAAUGGCAAAGAGGCAUCAUUCCAAGGUGCUUAUUUUCAAGCCGAAAUUCAAAACAUGAUAGAUGAAGAAGAGAAAAACCUUACCAAGAUCAAUAAGCUCAUUGAAGAUACUAAAAAGGCCCAAGAAGAAGAAAAAGGAUCAACGAAACUCAGUGCUUCUUCAAAACCUAAAGAUAAGAUUAAAUUUGAGCAAGAAAAAGAAGUCAAAAACGAAACUGGUCUGAGCGUAAUCUAUGAAGAGUCAAUGCUCCAAUCAAAAUUUGAAUCAAUCAGAAAGCUUGAUGAAAAAGUGAUAAUCCCAGCUCCUGAUCCUUCAAAGACUCCUAAUAUAUCCCAGGCUGCUCUUCCUAAUACCCCGCUGUGACAUGUAGUAACAGAAUCACGUCCAGACAUAGGAACGAUGCAAGCAGAAUAUAGUGAAGAAGUAGAAGAUAUAUUCAAGCAAAGCCCAUCCAGCAAGCUCAUCUAGAGCUCAUGACUAAACUUAAGAGGUCUAAAUCACAUUUUGG